AUGUCAAUGAUUACUUGGCUCAACUCUCCUCAACAAAGUAAACAGGGAAUUGGUACUCUUCAAGAUCAUAUCAAAAUCCGACAAUGGCAUCAUUUUGAUUAUAAUAAAUUGAAAACACCAUACAAACCUCUCAUCAAGUGGCAUGAUAUGGAAUCCACUAUCCUUGGCAAGCAUCCUGCCAAAGAUUUGCCUCCCGCUGUGAGAACAGUGGACUCAGACUUGGACUUGGAAGAUGAGUUUGAUGAUGGCAUAGAUUGGUUGGAUGGUCCAGCUGCUCCUUCACAGUUUAAGACAGUGGAAAAAGACUCAUUUGUGCUUGCAGCAUCCAGCAGUAUCAAUUUAUGUGUACCCUACCUGCAUGAACUGCUCGAUUCAAUUGGAAAACAACCUGUGCACCCAGGUUCUGGACCAACAAAGAAGGCUGCUGCUAAAAACCUGUCCUCAUCUGUCCCCAACCCUUCUGCUUGGGAUGAGUGGAAAUAA